AUGGCUGGGGGGACAUGGGUCUCUGUGCUGUGGCUCCAGGCCUGGCUGUGCUGCUUAACCCCGGGGCCUGUUGACGGAGGGAAGGUGCUGGUUAUGCCCGUGGAUGGGAGCCACUGGCUCAGCAUGAAGCUGCUGGUGAAGGAGCUCACCCUCAGGGGCCACGAAGUGGUGGUCUUAGUGCCGGAAACCAGCCUGCUGAUCCAGGGCUCAGACGGUUUCAGAACGGAGGUUUUCCAGGUGCCCUUCACAAAAGCUGAAUUGGACCAAACCUUCAACACACUCAGGGACGGAGUGUUCACCAGGACGCCGGUGAUCACAACGAUUUUUGUCGACGUGGGACGCCUGAUGAACUUUACAUCUUUACAGGUGAGGGGCUGCGAGAGCCUGCUGCACAACCAGAAGUUCACGAGCCGACUGCGGGAUGAAAGGUUUGACCUCAUGCUCACCGACCCUUUCCUUCCCUGCGGCACCAUCCUGGCUGAUUCAUUCUCCAUCCCGGCUGUCUACUUCCUGCGCGGAAUCCCCUGUGGUCUGGAUUUACAGGCCGCCCAGUGCCCCUCACCUCCCUCCUAUGUCCCUCGAUACGCCUCUGGUAACACGGACCACAUGAACUUCCCGCAGAGAGUCAAGAACAUGGUUUUGAAGAUGGUGGAGUCCAUCCUGUGCCGUGUACUCUUUGCUAGCUUUGAUGAGCUGGCUAGCAGGUAUCUGGGAAAGGACGUGACCUAUAAGGAUCUUCUUGGCCAUGGUGCGAUCUGGCUCCUCAGAUAUGAUUUCGCCUUUGAAUGGCCCAAACCUCUCAUGCCUAACAUGGUCUUAAUUGGAGGUAUCAACUGUGUGAGGGGAGGCUCUUUGCCUGCGGAUUUGGAGGAGUUUGUAGAUGGCUCGGGGGAUGAUGGAUUUGUUGUUUUUACUCUGGGCUCCUUGGUGUCCAGCAUGCCUCGAGAGAAGGCCAAACAGUUCUUUGACGCCUUCAGACAAAUUCCUCAAAGGGUAGUGUGGCGGUAUACUGGAGUCGUACCAGAGGAUGUGCCCAAGAAUGUCAGAAUUAUGAAGUGGCUACCGCAAAAUGAACUCCUGGCUCAUCCCAAGGCUAAAGCAUUCAUCACUCAUGGAGGUACACACGGCAUCUAUGAGGGGAUCUGUAAUGGUGUGCCAAUGGUGAUGAUGCCACUAUUUGGGGAUCAGCCGGACAACAUGCAUCAUAUGGUGGCCCGUGGCGUAGCAGUGAAACUCAACGUUUUUGACGUGACCACAGCAGAACUGCUAGAUGCCCUUAACAAGGUUAUCAACGAUAAAAGUUACAAAGAGAAGAUGGUGAAACUGUCUGAGGUGCACAACGAUCGUCCCAUCGAGCCCCUGGACUUGGCCGUCUUCUGGACAGAGUUUGUCAUAAGACACAAAGGAGCAGAGCACCUGAGGACAGCAGCCCAUGACUUGAACUGGAUCCAGUAUCACAGCCUGGACGUCUUUAGCCUCCUCAUUGUCAUUCUUACACUAGUUAUACUAGUGACGCUUAAAUGCUGCUUGUUCUUUACCCACAAUUGCUGUGGAAAGGUGAUGGCAAAGAGAAAGAGAGAGUAG